AUGGAUCAUACUCAGAUCUUAAUGAAUCAUAACUUCGUUGUUUGGACUCAGCCUCCCAAUUUGCCUCCGGUUCUACCGUUGGAGAAUCGAGGUAAGUUUCUUCAAGCCUCUCAAAGGUCGCUCUCCACACCUUCUACUUCUAUUCAUGGCCGAUGUUUUAGAAAAGGGAAAAGGCCUGAUAUGAGGCGAAAAGACUUAACUGCAAUAUCCUAUAAAACCUCGAAUUGGAACGAACUACAGUACCAAAAUCGCUUGAAAUCGAGGCGUUUCUAUCCUAAGAAGAAGUCCAAUUACCGUUUUCCUCCAUUCGCGCCUCGGAAUACCACUUCCUUCUUAAUUCGAGCCAAACGAUCCGGUGGUAUUGCGUCGUUGGUUUCGCCUUAUCCUGUCACUCCUGCGGUGUUGCCGACUCCCAUAUUUUCGCCUCUUAGAGAAGUUCUUGUUGAUAUGGCUAAGGAGGAGUGGGGUCUUGAUGGGUAUGGCUCGAUGAAGGGUCUGAUUAGGCUUCGGUCAGCUAAAGACUAUGAGGACGAAGAUGAAGAAGAAGAAGAAGAUGAAGUUGGGGAAUCUGGUGAUAGCGAUGUGGAAGGACAUUUGGAGGUGGAGAGACGGCUGGAUCAUGAUUUAAGUAGGUUUGAAAUGAUUUGCCCAACUUCUGUGGGUGAAGAACAGAGUACUCUUUUGGAGAAUAGAGUGGAUGAUCGAGAUUGUCACAUAUCCCAGCUUGAGGAAGAGAAUUUAACUUUGAAGGAAAGGGUAUUUUUCAUGGAAAGAGAGUUAGAAGAUCUAAGAAGAAGGGUUCAGUGCUUGGAAACUGAGGGUUGGCGCUUCCAUCUCAUGGACAAUAACAAAGAGGAAACUGCAGCAUCUGAGAAUGCCUUUGAUAAUGGUGGCAACGACCUUGCAUGCUCAGAGAAGAGCAUUAAUGACAUUGGGAAUGAAUGA